GUAUUAUAACAGAAUAUAUAUUAGUCGUUGAAAUACUUAUAAUAAUUUUGAAAAAAGCCAUACGUAAUUUUUGAACAAUUCAAUAAAAUUAUACGUAAAUUUUUUUUACGCCGUUAUCAAUAGUAGACAAUAAUUUGUUACCGCUCUAUCAAAUAUAUUCGUUCCUUUGGAAUCAUCAACAAUAACUUUCGCGCAUGGAAUGUACUUUGUGCUACAAUCCUUUAGUGUUCCGAAUAAUUUAGAUAUUCGGUCAAUAGAGUAAAACACUUGAAAAAUUAAAAUCAAUUUUCACGCAAUCGUGAUGUAAUAAGAAUGUCUACAUAGGAGCAAUGCGCGCGCGCGCGCGCACUCGCGUAUGUAGGAUAUACGCAUGUAGUUUAUACGUAUGUAGCAAUAAUCCAAUGUUGGAUUUUUUUGCAACGAUUAGUGGAAUGCUAUUUAACCAAAAUAGAUAAAAUUGUUAAAUAUUACGGAUGAAAAUGAGUGGCGACAUGUUUGAAGGGAAAGAUUAUCCAACACAAUGGGCGUUAAAUCCUUCAGCAUAUCAAAAUAUGAGUAAUGAUCAAGUUGAUUGGGCUGCAUUAGCUCAACAAUGGAUAAAAAUGAAAGAAACGGUUGUUCCACCUGCUCCACCACCGCCAUCAAUCGAUUCCCUUUGUCCAGGGAAUGAUAGUAGCGGAGAAGCACCUAUGGAUAUGGAUACCAAAGAAGACGAUAUCCCACCAGCACCACCAGCUCCCACAAUUAGUGGUUCUGAUGCUUGGGCUCAAUGGAGUCAAUGGGGACAUUGGAAUACUUCUAACUCUAGUACUGGAACUUGGGAGUGGACCGGUGUUCCACCUCCUGGAGUUACUAUAGGUCCUGAUGGAAAACCAGUAGGAGUACCUACAUUACCCAUCAUUCCACCUGGCCCAACGAUAUCGACUACAGAAUUUAAUGUACCACCUCCAGUAACGCCGUCAUUGUAUUCUUAUAAUUCUGCACCUCCGUCUGCACAACCUUAUAAUCAACAAGUCAGUAAUUUCUGGUCUGGCGAAUCUUCAACUGCAGUGCCUUCUCAGCCGUUACUUUAUAUGAAGGGUAUUAGGCAUACAAAUCGAAUACCACAUAUGAGACCUAUUGAUGCAGUAAGAUGUAGAAACAAUAGGGAAAAAACACCAGAAGAAGAUACAACCACUACUAUUGAUGCAGCAAAACGUCGUCAAUUGCCUGCAUGGAUCAGAGAAGGAUUAGAAAAAAUGGAAAGGGAAAAGCAAAAAGCAGUAGAACGAGAGAGACAAGAAAUAUUGAGAAAACAGGAAAUAGAAGCUCGUAAAAAAGCUGAGGAUGAGGCCCGUUUAGUUCUUAAUCCUUCGAAAAGUAAAUUUGAUUCAGAUUCGGAAAAAGAAGGAGAUCAAGAAUUCGAGACAAGUUCGACCGAACAAAAUAUUAACAAAAAGAAUUACGAACGUACGCCAGAUGUUAUUCUUCGUCCAAGAAAGUCGCGUUUUCGAGAUGCUGAUUCACCUGAGCCAAGUAUAGCCGCUGAUAAUAGUCCAACGCCUAUUUCUGGUAGUGUGCCUGUUACUAUCAAACGAUCGCAAGAGGAAAUUUUGCAGGAUGUGAUGUUGAAAGUUCGAAGAUCUCUAACAGAAAUUCUUUUGGAAGUAACAAAUGAAGAAAUUGGGGUAGUAUGCAGAGAGGUUUGGAAUCGCGCACGUGCCAAAGCCCCUGCAGGAGAGCACUCAGUCGCAUCCUUCAACAACACGGCCCCUCUUGCUCAGAUCACUCGAAAACUUGGUCUGGGCAUCUAUGGCGACAGUAAUAGCGAAUCCGAGGAAGAACAGAAUGAGCAAGAACAACUUCAAAACAAUGAUAGUGAUGAAGAACUGAUGGAAACUUUGAGACGUCGGCAGCAGGCAUUCAAAAAGACAGAGAAGGAGAUAGAAGCACGUCUUGCGGCAGAAGAGGAAAACGAAGAUCAAUACAAUGUACAACAGGAUAAUCAUAUUGGUAAUACUAGCUGCAGAGAUACAGUUGAUGAGAAAGAAACGGUAAAUAUUCAAAGAGCAGCAUCUGAAAGUUUGUCGAGUGACGGACAAAGUCCACGAGAAGUAAAUGCCUCUGCGGAUGUGAUAAAAGCCGGUACUCCUUCAGCAUCAGUUAAUUCUGAAUCUAGUAAUUCUGAAUCUACGAGCUCUGAUACAAGUCAUAAUUCGACAAAGAAGAACAAAAAAUUAAGUAAAAAAAGCGAUCGAGAUCAAAGGAAACGAAAGUCUAAAAGUAGAAGUAAAUCAAGAAGCAAGAAAUCGAGAUCCCGUUCAUCGGAACGUACGCGAAAACGCUCAUCGAGAUCAAGAUCGGUAAAGUCCCGUAAGGGACGGCGUUCAAGGUCGAGCAAUUACAGGUCCAGUAGAAAGCGCAGAUCGAAAUCACGAAAUCGAAAGCGAUUAAGAUCUCGAUCCAGAAGCUGCCGAAGAUCUAGGUCUCUGUCAGGAUCAAGAAAAUGGUCCCGAUCGCGUUCUAACGGAAAAAAGAAGUCUCAUUCGCAUUCCAGAGAAAGAAGAAGUCGAUCACGUUCGAUAAGGCGUAGCAGAUCGCGUAUAAGGGUUAAACGAAAGUCCUCUUCAAGAAACAGAGAAAGAUCACGAUCCCGUUCGCGAGAUCGUCACAGAUCGCGAUCUUAUGUUUCUAGAAGUAGAAGGAGAAGUCAAUCUAGAUCUAGGGAUCGUAGAAGGUCGCAAUCAAAGUCGCAUCAAUGGAACACUCGUGAUGGUAAGAAGUCAUCGCAUCGAUUCAGGAAUUGAGCCUGUUCAACUUCAAGCAAAGCAUUUUCCACUGGCUUCCAGUUGGCUUCAAUAUGUCAUUCUGCCUCAGUCCAUCAGUGUAUACUACCAUGGUAGUUCUUUCGUUUUAAAUAUAUCACGUUCAGUCUCUCCCGAAGUGUAUAAGAAGGUAUGAUAUAAUAAAGAAUAACAUUUUCUUUUCAAAUAAAUGUGUUAUGACUCGAGGAAAUAUCAUUAUAUCCUUGGAAAUUGGUGCAUGUAUAGAAUUAUUUAAAAUAUUUUAAUAUAAUUUCAUGUAAAAAGUAAGAAAUGUUUAAACGAUCGAAUGGACGUUACAUUAAGUUUAUUGGUCGUAACCACGAUCGUUUUUGUACUGUAUAAUUAUUUAGUACCUGUAAUAAUCCGCAAAUAGAUUUAAUGAAAUUAUGGUGUAUCGAGAGAAAGAUAUUAACAAACAUUAUGGACAUCAUAAAUUUUUAUAAACGCUUUAAAAAUAAAACAUAAAACAAAAAUAAUAAUAAUAAUAAUAAUAAUAAUAAUAAUAAUAAUAAUAAUAAUAAUAAUAAUAGGAUAAACGAGCAGAGAAAAAUAUGAAAGUAGAUCGAUUUAAAGAUGCUGACGAAUAUCGUUGUUAUAUCGAGGCCAUUAUUCUAUUAGAUAUUGUAAACUACAUUGAUCAGUGAAUUACUACACAGUCUAAAAUAUAUCACUUUCUUAAUUGUUCAAUAUUGAAACGAUAAAAAAAUAAAAAAUACCAAAAUUAUUAUAUCAAUGGUUACACAUGCCACAACUCGCUUAUAUCUUAAACAUUUAUUGUGUAAUAUAAGAUGUUUCAAACGUACAACUAAUUCUUUUCUUAAUAGCGAUAUUUCAGUAAAGAAGCUUUUUAGAACCUCAUCUUUACACGCCCUCUUUUUUUUUUUUUUGUUUUUUUUUUUUUUUUUGUUUUUUUUUUCUUGUGUAAUAUUUAUUGUAUUCUUCUUCCUCAAUUUCCUUCCAAUUUUACUCUAAUUUUCUCGUUGUGAAGACUAAAAACAUAGGGCAGCCUGUAUUUAAGCAUUUUAUGAAGCAAAAACGAUGUGUAGUCAUUAUAUUACAAAUAAACGAAAAUGUUCAUUUAUCUUUAGUAGCCCGUAUUGCCUUGCAAAGUUCUAUCCACGGAUGUCCAUAAGAACUGCAAAUGUCGCAAACGUUAGACGAACUUGCGGAUGGUUGACUAGCCAAGUGAUGAGUCGUGCUUUGCGAAGAUGAUUCUUCCUCUUCCGGUCUAGAUAUGGUCGAUGAUAGAUGAAGGAAGUUGACCGAGGAAGGCAAAGAGGCCGGUGCACGAGUUUUAUGUGAUGAAGGUAAUGUCGCAGAAUUGCACGAUGAAUUAGAGGAUGCUAGAACAGAAGUCGAUUGCUCCAAUGACGAUGGAGAUUUUAUGUAUUGUAUUGAUCGGCCAGAGGGUGAAGAAAGGCGCAUACACCGGAGAAGGUUGAGUCAAUCAUUGAGAAGGCCUUGAGAAACGCUAAUGAGCUGUUCCUUAAGAACACGAAAGGAAGGUCGAACUUCCGGACAGUGUGCCCAACACUUUCGCAUUACCUAAAAAUAUCACGAGAUUUGUCUCAUAAAAAUUAUUUUCUCUUUCUCUCAUUAGCACUCUCAUUUUAAACUAGAGAAAUAAUAAUAAUCAACCUCAUAAACUUCUUUGAAGCAAGCCUUCGGUCUUUCUAAUAUAAUUCCACGUUGAACUCUGUCGACAACCUCGGUAUUCUUGAGACGACCAUAAGGCAUUUUUCCACAGGUAAAAAUUUCCCACAUCAAUACCCCAUACGCCCAGACGUCCGAUUUAGAACUGAAUCGAGUAUAGUUCAAAACUUCUGGUGGUGCCCAUUUAAUUGGAAAUUUAGUACCCCCGCUACUGGUAUAUUGAUCAUCUAGGACAUAUCUAAAAGCAUUUGUCACAUAAAUAAUAGUACGGGCAUAUUGUUGUAUUACAUCAAAUCGUAAAUCUCUUUCAUCAAUUGGAAAAAAAAAAAAAAAGAGAGAAAAUUAAUCGUGCAAUAUAAAAGAAUUACCUUGCCAAACCGAAAUCAGCCACUUUCACUACGUUUUCAGAUCCAACUAAGCAAUUGCGUGCUGCAAGGUCUCUGUGGAUAUAGUUAUGUCUCUCCAAAUAUGCCAUUCCUUUACAGACCUGAAACCAGUAUUUUGGAAAGUUUUUAUUCGAUCAGAUUUUUCCAUUUUGCAUAUGGUAAUCUCUGAAUAUGCUAGAAAAAAAACAAAGAAUAUUAUUAACAUGAUAUAUAAUGUAACAUGAAAACGUGCUAUAUAAUAAUUUCACCUGUAUGCACAUAUCCAGCAAAAGACCAACAUUUGCACCUAAUGUGGUUUCGUGACGACGGAGGUAGUUGAGAAGAGAUCCAUGCCGCAUAUACUCUGUGACAAUGUAUAUCGGUCUGUCUUUACUGCAAACACCGUACAAUUGGACGAGAUUUUGAUGCUGUAGUUUCCUAAUGAAAAUCAAUCGAUAUAUGAGAAUACAUAAGAGUUCAGAAGAGUUUAAGUGAUGACGAGACAGUAGUAUUAUACUUACGUCAUAACUUUUGCUUCUUCUAUAAAAUCAUCUUCAGACAUAGUUCCUUCUUUCAUCAUUUUCACAGCAACGUCGAUGGAACCACGCCAUUUUCCUCUUCGUACCACUCCAAAUUGACCGGAGCCUAGUUCAUCUAGUAAAUGUAAUUCUGCCGGAUCUAUUUCCCAUUUAUCUGGAAUCAAAAAACGAUACGUGAUUUACAUCAAUUUGAUCAUUCUUGAAAUGUACGAAAGAAAUGAAUAUUUUAUUAACCAUGACUGAGGCCGGCGGUGGGUGGAACUGGUCUAUCGCAAGGGCUCGUCUUUAAUCGACUAGCAAGUCCCCCGCUAUUAUGUCGAUGGUAAUUCACAAGAUCAGGAAUCGAACUGCAACAAUGCUUUUCCGAGAGGUAGAAUUCUCCUCGUGAACUUUGCUUUAUAUGAUAGUGCUUUACAUGUGGAUGUGGACUGUAAAAAGUACAAUCGAACAUAUUAUAAAGAAAUAAUCAAUUUCAAUUAGACUAACCAAGUUAAAUUAAUAAAUGCUUACAUUUUUGUAUAAAGUGAAAGUGUAUAAAGACCUUUCGUUGAGGAAUUACGAACGACGAAACAUCCCUCCUUUUCUUCUUGUUUCAAUAAAGAUUCCGCUCGUUGUCUCGACAUAUCACCCACAUACCAUCUGCAUUGUAGAAGUAAAAAAAUAAAACUUAUCGUAAUUACCUUAAUAUCAACGACAAAGGGCAGCUAAAGUACUUACUCAUAUUUUUGCAAUCCUAAAAGUUCUUUUUCUUUCACAUAAUUACUAGGUAUAUAACCAAUUGAUCUGAAAUAAAAAUUUUAUUAUAUUUUACAUUUAUCAUAUAAAUGUCCUUUUUCAUUGUUAUACGUUUAAGGAAUUACCCAUGCUCAUCUUUCACCUUCCACCAAUGUUCUUGGGAAUCAUCUAAUACCUCAUAUUCCGCACCCUAUGAAAUUAAUGAACUAAUGUAAUACAUGGGUAUCGUUUAAAAUAUUUGUAUCUAUCAGUAUUAAAUAAAUUACUAUUACCUUUUCAAGAGAAAGAUCUCCAGCUUCUAUUGCACGAAAAGGAUACAAAGCCACCACAACCUUGGCCCUUGUAACUACUUUGUCCUGAAAGCAUAUUUAUUGUUUUACUACUCGUUGCAAACGAAUUAAAAACAAAUUAACAACGUACUUUAUUUUUAGAAGAUGGAGUACCAGGAGUUCCACCCGGCAUUAUUGGAGUUGAAGGAGUACCUGUAACAAGAAUAAUAAUUUAUAAUUAAUACAUGCUUUCAAGUAAAGGAACCAUUAUUGUUGCAAGAAAGUUAUUUCUGAAUAACAUAUUUAAAUAAAAUUAUCCAUAUUUAGAUGAAGUCAUCAGCCAAGUAAAAGCAUAUUCAAUACAUGACCACUGAUCAAAUAUGCAAGUACUGUGAUCAGAAUUAUUGAAGCCCUACAAAGCAUGGAAUACCUUAUUGGAAAGCCUACUUAAAAGUUACGAUAUGGCUUAAUAUCUUUAAAUUCUAGAUAUUUUGUCUAUUUUAAGUGGUUCAUUCGAUAAAAAUCAUGGUAAACUCUGAAUCAUUGCUGCUAACACAAAAUAAUCCAAAAUUGAUGAAAUAAUUACAUUUAUAGAUUUUAUACAUACCAGUACCGAUUCUUUGAUCAUUAUGCACAAUUUAUCCUGCCGAAUGGAACGUUUCUGUUGAAGUUGGCAUCUUAAUAUUCAUCAUUUGUUGUUUGGAGUGUAUAUGUGUUCCUUUGUUCAUUUCCGAAUUUCAUGUUUUUUGCAAUUUUCUUGAUCUAAGUUUGCAGCAUGCAUGAGAAUUUUAAAAUACAUGCAAUUAUCUGUACUCAGUUAUUGAUACUAAUAACAUAAUAAUAUAUGCGCGGAAAAUAUAUAUUAAAAUAGUUCGCACUGUGUAAGGAAGUUUGAAUAUGAACUGAAUAUAAUUUGUUUCAUUGUUUGUCUAUUGUGAUCAAUAUUUAUGCACGCAAAAUAAUCCAUUUUAUGCUAUUUAGGCCGUGUUUCUAGAUUAAAAAAAAAAAAAAAAAAAAAAAAAA